AUGAAGGAACCGCCAUAUGAUGAAAUUAUUGUGAACAUUGAGUCGAGUAUCCAGAGUAUAUGCCAAAAUGAUAAAUCAAGUGUGAGACGCCUGGUAGGAAAAGCACUGGAAGCGGAAGAAAAGCAGCCUAAAUCAGCAAAUAACAUUGAAAAAACUAUGAAAAACCUGAGAGAGAAAAAAUGCAUCUUCACGAAAGCUGAUAAAAGCAAUGAAGUUGUUAUUUUAGAUAAACAAAAAUAUCUCACUUCAAUGGAAAAUUUGCUCAAUGAGAGCCAAUAUGAAAAAACCAAAUUCAGAAGAGAAUUUCCAGUGGAUAAACUACAAGAAGAAGUUAAGGAGAUGUUCGGUAUUCGUGUUCAGUGUUUUAGAAUUAGUGAUACUUAUUACGUGUUUCAAAACAAUCAAAAUAUAUUAAAAAUUUUGGUCCAAUUGAAACAUUCUUAUUUAAGUUGUGCUUUAACGUAA